ACAGCUGCGACGAAAAGCACCUUCAUUUGUGGUUUCAGCUAGAAACCCAACUUGAAUCCACUCGCUCAGUGGCCUGGCCUUCCCUUUCUUCGACUCUAAUCCCUUCUUUUUCUCCACCAUUUCCAUUUCCUCUCCUUCCUUCUUGAAAGCCGUAAAGCUGUUUCUUCUCUCUCUCUCUCUCUCUCUCUCUCUGUGCAGAAGCAUAGAAUAAAGUGGGGCAAAGUGCUGCUGGAGACAGAAUAAGAGAGGAAAAAAGGGCAUUGCUUUGGUGGUGCACUGACAAGAGUGCUGGGCUCAUGGGUUUGAGGCUUGUGCUGGGGAAUGUGUUUGGCUUGUCGCUGGUUCUGUGCGUUUGUUCUGUAUUAGCCUCUGUUUCUUAUGAUUCCAAGGCUAUUGUCAUCGAUGGCCAGAGAAGGAUCCUCAUUUCUGGAUCCAUUCACUACCCAAGAAGCACUCCCGAGAUGUGGCCAGAUCUCAUUGAGAAGGCAAAAGAAGGUGGUCUUGAUGUGAUUCAGACUUAUGUUUUCUGGAAUGGGCAUGAGCCAUCACCUGGCAAAUACUAUUUUGAAGGAAACUAUGAUCUGGUAAAGUUUAUUAAGCUGGUGAAGCAGGCAGGUCUCUAUGUUCAUCUCAGGAUUGGCCCCUAUGUGUGUGCUGAGUGGAACUUCGGUGGGUUUCCUAUUUGGCUGAAGUACAUUCCAGGAAUCAACUUCAGAACAGAUAACGAACCUUUCAAGUAUCAAAUGCAAAAAUUUGCAACAAAGAUUGUCAACAUGAUGAAAGCAGAGAGGUUGUUUGAAUCUCAAGGUGGUCCAAUUAUUCUAUCCCAGAUUGAAAAUGAAUAUGGACCCAUGGAGUAUGAAAUCGGGGCAUCAGGUCAAGUUUACACGCAGUGGGCAGCAAAAAUGGCUUUGAAUCUAGACAUAGGGGUCCCGUGGGUCAUGUGCAAACAAGAUGAUGCUCCCGACCCUAUUAUUAAUACUUGCAAUGGUUUCUACUGCGAUUACUUUUCUCCAAACAAGGCUUAUAAACCCACCAUGUGGACUGAAGCUUGGACGGGCUGGUAUACUGAGUUUGGAGGUGCAGUCCCAUAUCGUCCUGCUGAAGACAUGGCUUUCUCAGUUGCUAAGUUUAUACAGAAGGGAGGAUCAUUCAUCAACUAUUACAUGUAUCAUGGGGGAACCAAUUUUGGCAGGACUUCUGGUGGUCCUUUCAUUGCUACUAGUUAUGACUAUGAUGCUCCUCUGGAUGAGUAUGGAUUAUUGAGGCAACCUAAAUGGGGUCAUUUGAAAGAUCUGCAUAGAGCUAUCAAACUUUGUGAACCAGCUUUGGUAUCUGCAGAGCCUGCUGUGACACCACUAGGAAACUAUCAAGAGGCUCAUGUCUUUAAAUCAGAUUCUGGAGCAUGUGCAGCAUUCCUUGCAAACUACGAUCGGUGGUCUUUUGUUAAAGUUUCUUUUGGGAGCAUGCAUUAUAACCUUCCUCCUUGGUCCAUCAGCAUACUGCCUGAUUGCAAGAACACAGUAUAUAACACUGCACGGGUGGGAGCUCAAAGUGCACAUAUGAAGAUGACUCCAGUGGAUGGAGGAUUCUCUUGGGAGGUUUAUAGCGAAGCGACUGCUGCUUUUGAAGACAGUUUAUUUACAAUGACUGGGUUGUUGGAACAAAUAAAUACAACCAGAGAUGUUACUGACUAUUUGUGGUACAUGACAGACGUCUAUGUGGAUCCUAAUGAAGAGUUUCUGAAGAGCAGAAGUUAUCCAGUUCUCACAGUAUUGUCUGCUGGUCAUGCUCUGCAUGUUUUUGUCAAUGGUGAACUUGCAGGAACUGCCUAUGGAAGUCUGGAAUUUCCUAAACUAACUUUCAGUCAGGGUGUGAGGAUGAGAGCAGGGACCAACAAAAUUUCACUUCUAAGUAUUGCUGUUGGUCUCCCGAAUGUUGGAGUACAUUUUGAGACAUGGAAUGCUGGGAUUCUUGGUCCAGUUACGUUAAGUGGUCUCAAUGAUGGAUGGAGAGACUUGUCAUGGCAGAAAUGGUCUUACAAGGUUGGUCUCAGAGGAGAAGCUUUGAGUCUUCAUUCUCUUAGUGGGAGUAUUUCAGUUGAGUGGGCACAAGAAUCUUUAGUAGCAGAAAAACAGCCUCUAACGUGGUACAAGACUAUUUUCAAUGCUCCAGGCGGAAGUGCACCACUGGCUUUGGAUAUGGACAGUAUGAGUAAAGGUCAAGUAUGGAUAAAUGGACAGAGUCUUGGGCGCUAUUGGCCUGCAUAUAAAGCAUCUGGCACUUGCAAUAGCUGUAAUUACACUGGAACUUUCGAUGAGAAGAAAUGUUUAAGCAAUUGUGGAGAGGCUUCCCAGAGAUGGUAUCACAUUCCUCGUUCAUGGUUACAUCCGACUGGUAAUUUGUUGGUUGUUUUCGAAGAGUGGGGUGGGAACCCGAAUGGGAUUUCUCUGGUCAAAAGAGAGAUCGACAGUGUCUGUUCCGAUAUAUUUGAAUGGCAACCCACCCUGAUGAAUUGGCAAAUGAAAGCUUCAGGCAAAGUUAACAAGCGCCUGAGGCCUAAAGCGCAUUUAUGGUGUUCCCCUGGUCAGAAGAUCUCGUCAAUAAGGUUUGCUAGCUUCGGAACGCCGGAAGGGACCUGUGGAAGCUUCCGACAAGGAAGUUGUCAUGCCUUCCACUCGUAUGACGUUUUUGAGAGGACUUGCAUCGGGCUGAACUCAUGCUCAGUAACUGUAGAUCCCGAAAUAUUUGGGGGAGAUCCAUGUCCGAAUGUCAUGAAGAAGCUCUCUGUGGAGGCAGUUUGUAGCUGAUGGCCUACAGAAGUUCAAAAGUUAACCAAGUCUGAUUCUGGACAACAUCAGUUCCGGCAUUUGGGUUUUCGGGUAAACUGAAUUGACACAUUCAAUACUCCAAGAACCAUUUUUUGGCUUUUUCCGAGGUGAAGUUUAAAAUAAAGGACACACCUCUUGGUAAAAGCCCACAUAGAUUCUCCAAGGGAAAUCAGAUAGACAUGUACACAAAAGCUAUAAUUACUCUGAUUUUGGUGCUCUGAUGGAGAGUAUUCAGAGGAGGGAGUUUGGUGGAAGCACAUUGAGACGAAAUCAAUUUGAGUCCAUGUGCGCAUGAGUUUAGAGUCGGAACAUGGAAGCGUCUUGUUUCCAGUAACUUUUUUGUAUUGUAAUGGAUGUAAUCCUAAAGCAGCAAUUUAUUCGAUUUCUUGUUAGAAAUUCUUCCUCCCAAGUUAUCAAUCCGAGGAAUAUUUAAUCUGUGUCAAAA